AUGUUUGUAGUCUGGUUACUCUUCAUCUUCUUUGUGGAGGGAUUUGCAGUGGCGCGGAAAUCUAAAGAUGUCACCGCUCCACCAAAGGCAGCGCCCUCCCAGUCGCCCUCACGUUACCGCCGCUGUGGCUCCUGGGAACGCACUGUGGAUGGAGGAUAUUUCAACUCUCCAAACUAUCCUGACAAGUACCCCCCAAAUAAGGAGUGCCUCUAUGUACUAGAAGCCCAGCCCAGACAGAGAAUAGAGCUGCAGUUCAACAAAACCUUCUACAUCGAGGGCUCCUUCGAGUGUCGUUUUGACAACCUGGAGGUGCGGGACGGUCCCUUCAGCUUCUCCCCCCUCAUCAGCCGCUUCUGUGGCUCAGCGAACCCUGGACUGGUGCUGUCCAGCGGCCGCUUCAUGUGGAUACGUUUCUAUAGUGACGAUGAGCUGGAGGGCGUGGGCUUCCAUGUGCAGUACACCUUCACCGAGGAUCCUGAUUUCCAUUUACAUGUUGGAGGUCUUUUAAACCCCAUCCCAGACUGUCAGUUCAACCUGUCCGGGGCAGACGGCAUGAUCCGCUCCAGUCAGGUGGAGGACGACAAUAAGGUGAAGACUGACCAGGCUGUGGACUGCAUCUGGACCAUCCAUGCACCCAAGAACCACCGAAUUUACCUUCACUUCCUGGAGUAUCAGAUGGAAAACUCUAACGAAUGCAAGAGGAACUUUGUGGCCAUUUACGACGGCAGCAACGCCAUCGAGGACCUGAAGGCCAAGUUUUGUAGUACAGUGGCUAAUGAUGUGAUGCUGGAGACCGGGGUGGGCGUGGUGCGCAUGUGGGCCGACGAGGGCAGCCGCCUGAGCCGCUUCCGGAUGCUCUUCACCUCCUUCGUUGAACCUCCGUGCCUGGCAAACUCCUUCUUCUGUGACAACAACAUGUGCAUCAACAACUCUCUGGUGUGUAACGGCAUACAGAACUGUGUGUUCCCCUGGGAUGAGAACAACUGCAAAGAGAAAAAGUCCAAAGGUCUUCUGUUCCACCUGACCAAGACCCACGGCUCCAUCAUCUUUGUGUCCACGGGGGUGGUACUGCUGCUCUUUGUCGUCUCCUUGUUUCUGCAAGUCAAGCAGCCACGCAAAAAGGUGCUGGUGAGGAAGAAUACGUUUCAGAAAGGAGAGUUCCAAGAGGCGUUUGACCCGCCGCACUAUGAGCUCUUCUCCCUCCGAGACAAGGAUGGGACGGCAGACAUCGGGGUCCUCUCAGAAGAGCUGCAGUCCCUCCAGGCCCUCCGCCGCUCCUCUGUGAGCUCGCGCUGCAUCCACGAGCACCACUGCGGCUCCCAGGUCUCCAUCAACUCCCUGAAACCCAUCCAGGUGCCACUGGUGCUGGGGCGAGGUUCCCUGGACCUGCCCCCCUUCAGAGGCGAGCUCCAGGCCCCUCUACCCCCUCUGAGAGAUGGGGGAAGCGGCCUGAGGAAGAAGAGCUGGCCCAACGUGCAGCAGCCGACCCGCGUCCAGUCCCAUCACAGUCUGAGCCGGCAGGAGCGCGUGAUGGAGGAGGAGGAGGAGGAGGAAGAGGACGGGCGCUACGACAUGUAUGUGCGCAGAGGAGGCAGCCGCAGAGCUAAAGUGGAGAUGGCCCAGCAGAGGUCGCUGUCCAUGGACUUCUGA